UGGCCGACAGCCAAGAAAUUUAUUUUAAACAGAUCUCAAAGAAAAAUCGCUCUAAGAAUGUGGAACCGUGUUUGGAUGGACAUGUUAAGAAACUGAACGUAGAUGCCAAUUUAAAGAAUCCGAUGCAGAAAAGUUAUUCUACCAGUACAGUGGAAAAUGAACAAGGUGCUAAGAAAGGAAGUAACGAUUUAAAGGAUACUACUACUACUACUGCUCAUAGUAAUGUCAAAUCGGACAAAAAGAAUCCCUUGUCCCAGUUUUAUUACAAUGGCGUAGAAUCAAAUCGUAAACCACGCCUACGUACUUCGAUCGUGGAGGGUAUUACGAAAGGGAAGAAGAUCGACGAUAAGGAGGAACGUAAUCGCAGUGUUAAGUAUCAUUGCGAGUCUACUACGAAAAAGUUUUUGUGGAGUGGAAAUUUUCAUCCUUUAAGAAAUCUCGGUAGAUCGUCGUUGACUGUAGAACCUGAUAAGAUCACCAUAAGCUCGUCAAAAUAUUCUCCAUGUGCUAGUAGGCUCGCAGCUAGUUCGAAGAUAUUAUCUAAUGAUUUAGGGGCGAAUUCUGAUAGUCCCUUGCAUGUGCCAAGAUCGAGAAGUCCAUCCCGAUUGGACGUACAACCAGCUGAAAAUAAUUUGCCGAAGAAUCUUGACGAAAGAACGUCGAUGCAAGGGAGUUUGUCAUUAAAUAUACAACAAUUUUUAAAAACUAAAUGUGCACCACGUAGUAAAAGUGUGGACGACAGCUGUGUAACUUCACUGACUAGCGAAGCUACGACGCUUAGUUAUUCACCCACUAGUACGGAGGUAUUGUCAUUAGGAGAGGUCGGUCAGCAAACGUCCUCGGCCGAAGGCUCUGCUAGUUAUUCUGAAGUGAAAGAGAAACUGGUCAUAGAGUGCUCUGAUAAAGUUCAAAGAGCGUCAUUAGAAACUAAGUGUUAAUAACUACGAUACAUUUCGCUCAUUGCUGUUCCGCCAAUUUCUCUCUUCCAAAUAUGUUUAAAACAAACAGACAAACAAGCAAACAAAAAAAAUUAUAACGAGAGAGAAGAUGCAAAUUUUUAUUAUUCGUUACGACGUAUUUUAGGCUAUUAUAUUAACGUCAGUGAUAUAACGUUAACAUACGCGACAACAGCAUACUUACACGUUUAUAAACUUUACACUCCAUUUUUAGGAAUGUGAAAAGAUUUAGUAUGUAUGUGUGUGCGCGCGCGCGCGCACCCACCUUUAUCGUAUUCGUACCUAUCAAACUCGUGCAUGUUUGUUUGUGUUUGUUUUGUAUGUAUGCGCGUACGAUGAUGAUGUGUUUAAACGGAAUUCCCAUGCGAUAUAACUGCGGAACACAUUGAUGUUUAUAAAUAUUUCAAGUAUUAUUAUUUCUAUUAUUAUUAUUUUCGUUUAUUCUCGUUUCUAAUCUAAUUCUUUUUUUUUUUAUAAGCGAUUUCGAAGAUUUCAUCAUUAUGCAUGUAUAGUAAUGUUUUCUUUUCUUUUCCUUCUACUUUGUUGUUAAAAAAAGCAGAAGAAUUUUUUACCAUCAUUGU